UAUCCCAAAAAUAGAAUUUCCAUAGCUUGAAAGCCAAUACAAUGUCCCAUAAGGUUGCUUAAGGAAAUUCCACAAGGAAUGUAAUUGCCACCCCAAAGAACUAUAUAAAAGAGACCCAAAAUAAAUGAUUCAAUAGACUUGAAGCUUAUCCAUAAUUCUUUUGAUAAACUUGUUCAAGAGUUAAAAUAUUUGAAGUGAUUGCAACUUGCAAUGGAGAGAAAAAACAAGAGGCUUGCAGUUUUGGUAGGGUGCAAUUAUCCAAACACUCCCAAUGAAUUGCGUGGUUGCAUAAAUGAUGUCUUGGCCAUGAAGGACACAUUGGUGAAGCGUUUUGGGUUUGAUCAUGCCAAUAUUCAGCUUCUCACUGAUGAUGAUCCUAAAAACUCUUCAUCAACUAUGCCAACUGGUGCUAACAUUAAACAAGCAUUAUCAAGCAUGGUUGAUAAAGCUGAAGCAGGGGAUGUGCUUUAUUUUCAUUAUAGUGGACAUGGAACUAGGAUUCCUUCCAAGAUACAUGGACAUCCUUUUCGACAUGAAGAAGCUAUUGUGCCUUGUGACUUCAAUCUUAUCACUGAUUUGGACUUCAGACAACUAGUAAAUCGGAUUCCAAAAGGAGCAAGCUUAACAAUUCUCUCGGAUUCAUGUCAUAGUGGUGGCUUAAUUGACAAAGAAAAAGAACAAAUUGGACCAUCCUCAUUUGAUGACAAAAAUGCAACAUUGAAACUAAGUGAUCAUAAACCAAAGACUAUUCCCUAUGAGUCAAUAUUUCAACACGUCUCUUCGUUAACAAACAUAAACACAACAGACAUUGGAACUCAUCUCCUUGAGUUUUUCGGCUCGGAUGCAAGUUUGAGGUUUCGGCUUACGUCACGCGAUCUUGAAGAAGGAGUUCUGUUGAAACCGGAUGAAGGGAUUCUGUUGAGUGGUUGUCAAUCUGAUGAGACAUCUGCAGAUAUGAGUCCAAAUAUGAGUAAUGGAAAAGCUUAUGGUGCAUUUAGCAAUGCUGUUCAGAUUGUGUUGAAGGAAAAUAAGGGGAAAUUAAGUAAUAGAGAGGUUGUGGUGAAGGCUAGGGAUGUUCUAAAAGGACAAGGAUUUGUGCAACAUCCUUGUCUUUAUUGUAGUGAUGAGAAUGCUGAUGAUGUCUUUUUGUUGCAAAUGUUAGAACUCUGAUUGAAGAAUUUGAUGUGUCAUGUGUGUGAAGUGAAGCUGAAAUCAAAUUGAACUAUUGUGUGUCAUUAUGUUGUUCAUAAUUGUAUUGUUGUAUGAAUUUUAUAUGAAAUAAAUGGAAGGAAAUUUUAAUUCAUGAACCAAAAA